AUAACAUAUGCAUUACAAAGAAAUACUUCAUUUGUAUAAAGUGUUUGUCAUUCGCGAAACAAAAGGAUCAUAAAAUAGUACCAAAUAAUUGCUGCAAAAAAGUCUACAAUUGUUUUCAAAAAAAUCCUAUAAAAUCGAUAUAUAAUACAAAUAAUUGUGCCGAAAAUGUCGAUGCAAUUCACGGACAGCAGCUCCUACAUCAACCAAUCGCAACCUGAGAUACCGGUGACCGCGUUCACUCAUCGGGAAAACUGGUGGCAGAGGCGCACCGAUAGGGAACAGAAGCUUAUAAUAGCCAUCAUUUUCCUGUCCGCCCUCUCAUUCGUCUUAUUCAUAACUGUUAUCAUUUUGGGGGCGAAACUACACAACAGUUAGGAUUUGAGUAUUAUGUGUUUCAAACAAAUUCAUUGUGGAUAUGAGAUACAGAAUCCAAGAAUUUAUUAACGUAUCAAUAAUGUCAUUGU